CUUGUGCCGUGAACUAUAAUGAACAGUUGCCACCUUGAUAUUAGACCUAUUGAAUUACAUCUGUCAGAGAAUAUCAAAUACCACAACUUUUGCUUGUGGUAAGCCUCAUGUCAACACCAUAUGCUGGAAACCUGUGCACUUCAUUCAAUCACAUCUGCAGUAUAAUUAUUAUUGCAUUGUGGAGAAUAUAGCUAUAGUGUUCAGUGCAAAAGCUAUAAGCCUGCAUGCAUGAUAUCUAGUAUCUAAUUAUACAACUGUAUAAUGAACAGUUCAGUACAUCAUCAAAUUCAGCUUCUGGUUGCAGUGGUUUGUCUGCUGUCUUCAACUGCUUUGGGCCACCCACUUCAACAGAGUCAUAAGGUGGACAAGAGGCAGUCGUCACUUGUUUCUUGCUUCUCUGAAGUUGAAGUGGCUGGUGAUGAGACCCGGUGCACUGGAGAGAGGCUAGGAGGAGCAGGCUCCAUCGAGGAGUGCUGUCGUCCCCGCUCCACUGGGGGGCUGGAGGGGGGUGGGUUCUCUUUGGGGGGUCUAACAGACUGUAUGCCUUGUCCGGAAAACGUGACCAGUGACAUUCAAGUGACGUGUUUCUCUGGGGUUGGAUGUGAUCUCAGUGGAGCCCCACUUGUCGUACCUGACAUACCCAGCUGUUGUCUUUUGAGCGGAGAGAGAUCGUACGCCCUGUCAGACAGUCAAGCGUGUCAGACAUGUGUAGUUGUCCAAUGGGCUGACUCUCCUGGCCUUGAUCUGCCUGAGCAGUCAAUCAGUCACGUAUUAACGGUUGAGUACAGUAAAGGCGCUGACAUCGGCCUCACCAACGGCCAGCUUAGAGUGAUCCCUCGCUACAUCACUGCAGAUGCAAAUGACAUUUUAUUGACCGACCCAAACCUCAAUCUCAACGGCAGAGACUUCUCAGCUAUAAUAAGUGUGCGACCAGACAACACUGCCCUGGAGGUGGGGGACACGCUACAGCUGAUACUACAGCCCUCAGGGAGACUAGCACCCAAUGAGAUACUACUGGAUACAUUGGACGUUACAAUCAUCGAUAGAGAUGCUGCUGAAAUCUUACUAACUGAGUUGGACUAUCGACUCAGUCCUGAGGAUGACGGGCUACUGACUAUUGUCGUCGAAGUUAGGACUCAAAUCUCCUCCUCGGCUUUUCUUCGUCUUAUUCCUCUCAGUUUUAGUUCUGUACGUGAUGAGAUAUUGGCCGGUAAUCUGUUCCUGGAUGAUAAUAUUGUCAGUGAGGUGUUUCAACCUGAAGAUGUGGACAGACCGUCUGAAGCCAUCAGUGUAGCAGACUUUGACGACAGCCCUAUAGUGUUUGAAGUUGACUCGAUAGGGGACUAUAGAGUCGGUAUACCCAUUACAGCAGAUGACAUCUACGAAGCCGAGCAAAGCUUUGUGGUACUUCUGGAGCUUGUUAACACUUCUUUAUCUGAUCUGGUAGCAAUCACACCGUCCCGGCAAGCUGCCGUCUGCAGGAUCAUUGAUGACGAUUCAAUCAACCUGUCGUGGGAGUUGCCUGCUUACACCUUUUUCGAGGGUCGCAACGAUGAAUCCAGUCUGAGUGGAUUCUUCGAUUCACCCAUCAUCGUGAAAGUGAAUGCUUCGCUGACAGAGUAUCUACUGGAGAUCUACGCUCAGCCGAGGUCGACUACGGAGGACUUACCUUUCCGAGCCGAGUGGAGAGACCCGAAUAGGGACAUUGAUAACGACUUUGUAAUUGGGACCAGUAGUCCAGGUUUGGUUCGCCGCAUAGACUCCAUGGCUGCUUUAGAUGAGAUAGCCAUUGACAUCUUCGCCGACAACGUGUUCAACGAGGGACAUGAAGUGGCCGUUCUAGAGUUCACGAACUCUGAGAACAGACCGGAGUUUCUGUUCGGGGCCAAUCCAAUCACUCAAAUUGUCAUCAUUGAUCGAAAUCUGACUGUUGGCUUCACCCGUGAAACCACUCGAGUGUCGGAGGGGGUGGGCAGCUUCGAGCUGUGUGUAGCCAUCUUCAUCCCUGAGUUGAACCUCCUGAGGGGACCGUUCCAACUGGCUAACCCGUUCACACUGCGGUUAAUGUCUGCUAAUGGAACAGCUGGUCCACUAGACUACGUCCAGAUCACGGCAGAUGAUAAUCUCCUAGUACCGUUUGAGACGGAUAACUCCACCCAUUUGCAAUGUUUCAACGUGACGAUUAUGGAGGACACAGAGUUUGAGAGGAAUGAGGAUUUCUCUCUGACACUGUCUCUCGAGGGAAGCCCCCUGCAAACUGUGGUUGUUGAGCCCUUCGUGUCUGUGGUCGAGAUCGUUGAUAAUGACGCCGUGACUAUUGGGUUUGAAUUGACUGAGCACACGGUGAGCGAGAACGAUGUAGAGGUCACUCUAAUGGUGUCCAUUUUGGAGGGGCAGACGUCAUUACCAGUCACUAUUGCCCUGUCUACAGUCGAUGGUACCGCCACCAGUGGCUCUGACUACAAUGCUACCAUGGUGACGUUCACCCUCAGUGACCUCACAGACUCAGUUAACAUCACUAUCGCCAUUCUUCCCGACUCCAUCGUUGAAGGAGACGAGCAGUUCUCUGCUGUUCUCUCUCUCAUAGGACCACUACAGUUCACAGACAAGAUUAAUAUUGAACCUGGCACUGCUCUCGUGAAUAUACUGGACAGCAGUAGCGAGACAGAGACCGUGAUUCGAGUCAACGACACUGUGAUUGGAGACCCUCUGUUCACUGUCCCCCUGCGUGUGACUAAUCUGGGGGAGUUAGGACUGGGGGAUAGCAUAUCACUUUGCUAUGAGGUGCAUGGUGAUGCAGACAAGUACUUUAAUCUUGUCAGCGACAUCUGCACGUCAGUCAACGCCCACUAUAUGAACGUCAGUGUGUUCAAUGUGAUUGAUAGGAUUGCCAUACGUGCCGUUGAUGAGGGCGGGGCUUGUAGGGAGGUGCUCCUCAAUGUGGAGGGUAUGUGCUCCGUGAGCGUUGACGGGACAUCUGUGGAGUCUAGCUACAUGAGGGAUGGAAUCUCCAUUAGAAGGUAUCCCGGCAACCGAGUAAGGGUAUCUGUGCCCAACUGUGCUCACCUCAGUCUGGUGAUGUGGGUGUUCUGUCAGAACAGUACGCUAAUGGCUUAUGAUGCUGACGACAACCCAGUGACGGCGUCGGCAGUCAUGAUGAAGUUUGUAAUAGCUCGAGGAUUCAACUUGCAAGAGAGGUCACAUGGACUGAUUGGUCAGUUCUGGAACAUUCCUAUCACUCUUCAACUAGUCAAUGAUUCGAGCGAGGGUGGUUUGACCCCUGACCCCUACUACACGGUGAUGGUGGCCCAUCCUGACUCCGCCCCCAGGACCUUCACCGCGUUCUAUUACCCCCGGACCUGGGAGGUUAUUCGUGGUCAGAAUGACCCGUGUCUUUACGCCGGAGGGCAACAAGCUGACAGCACGGACACUAGCAACUCAGUGAUCCAGGGGACCUACAGGGACUAUGUUGUCAGUGAACCAUUUAGCACCCAAUACCUAUAUAGCAAGUUUCAGGACGAUAGGUGUUAGCUGUAUAAUAAAUGCAAGUUAGGUCGCCAUAAUUAUGCUUGUCCAAAUUACUAGAAUAAGUAUUAAUUUUUCUCUUUAUAAUACAUUAAUUAUGGUGCAAAUAAUUAGCCAUGCUCUUGA